AUGACACCGUUGCCCGUGGAACUGUGGCGUGGAAAUAGUAUGGGUUUUCCAGCGAUGGUGCGGGAUGGGGUCGUUCGUCGUCGUGUAAUUUUUAUAAUAGAACAAAAGGAGCAAACAAUGCCCUUCGCCGAGGCGGACGAGAUAGCGGAUUACGAAUCGCCUCCGCUCGCCUUCGGUGCAAUCGGUUGGCUUCAAGGUCGCGUGGCGAGGUCAACGACCAUUACAUCGGACGGUGUACAGACGGACCUCUUCAUAGCAUCUGAAGAAUUGGCGAGCAUCGCUUAUCGCAGUGUUAAAACUGAGCUCAAACAAGCGACAACUGAUAAAGGGACCCGCGGAAUACUGUUUAACGGCGGGCGUGGGGUGAUCGCAAUUCAGAAGGAUGCACGCCAAGAAAGGGGCCAUUGGGAGCGGAACCGCUCAAUUCCGCCGGCGGGCGUCGCGAAUUGGCGCGUCGCAAGUGACCGAGACGCGAGCGUCCGGCUAGCUGAUAGAUCCUUCGAGUUUCUCCCGCGCCGUUGCGAUACCACUUACUCGCCUUCCUGCGCGAAACGCAUAAAAUCAGGCCACCGAAGUUCCAAUGCUGAUAAGAUUAAGGAAUUGCGGCCUUACGUCGAGGCUAAUCCGCGGGUAGACCUAUGGCAUCGCCCUGCCGCCCCCGAAAAGUGCCCUCGAGUCAAGCACUCCUCGGGGUGGGUGGGGGGUGUCAGCGGGAAGGGGGGAAGGAAGGAGUGCGUUUUUAUCUGUCCGGCUUGGUUGGACACCGGGGCGCGUUACUUCGCACGUGGUGUACUAAUUGGGGGCGGUGGGGAGUGGGGGGGGGGGGGGGGGGGACGGGGACGCGUGGCCCCGUCCAUCACGUUGCAGUCAAACGAAUAUAAUAGAGCGAACAAAGUCGUUGCUAUGUCAUUGGAAAAGAAAUUGACAUCGGACCUAACCAUCGCCCCGCAAAUUAAACAAGCC